GAGAGGAUCCUUGCUGAACUGCUGUAAUCAUGAAGGCAGUGACUUUAAUUGUGCUAAUCAUCUUCACUUUGCUGUCUUCAGGGAAGAAAUUCCGAUGGUGCACCCUUUCUGACCUAGAACAGAGAAAGUGUGCUGAACUGUCCAAAGCACUUAUGGCUGUGCUGCCCCUUGCUACUGUCAAUUCAUUUGCAAGGAUUUCUUGCAUCAGAGCCCACAAUACAUAUGACUGCAUUGAUAAAAUCAGGGCGAAUAAAGCAGAUGCUGCCUCCUUGGAUGCUGGGGAUGUUUACUCUGCUGUAAAGCUGUAUGGUUUGACAGCAGUGGCAAAGGAGAUCUAUGAACAAGGACAUUGUGUGUUUGCUGUGGCCAUUGCCAAACGAGGAACUCUGGUUAUCCAGAGGCUACGAGGUGUACGCAGCUGCCACAAUGGAGCCAGAUGGACAUCAGGCUGGAAUAUUCCAUUUGGCUUUCUCCUUGCAAGAAAUGAUCUUUCCUGGGAUGAGGCACAACCUCUGAGCCAAGUAAUCAGUGAGUAUUUCAACGCAAGUUGCAUCCCUGGGGUUGGUGUUGCUGCUCCUCGACUGUGCGCUCUCUGCCAAGGACAAAAGUCCUAUGUCAGAGACAAGAACCACUUCUGUGAGACAAGCAGUAGCGAACCCUUCUAUGACUCUGAGGGAGCCUUCAGGUGCUUGAAGAAUGGCGUGGCAGAUGUUGCCUUUUUAGAUCAUCUAACAAUUAUGAGUGCCACAGAGGCAGAACAACAGGAAUAUGAACUCUUAUGUCCUGAUGGGACUACAGCUGAGCUGACUGAAUACGGCACCUGUAACUUGGGCAAGGGGCCUGGCCGUGGCAUCAUCACCCGCCACAACUUCCAGAAGAUCACCAACAAAUUUCUUACCAUGAUCCAACGCCUCUUUGGGCGAAAAGGAAAGGAAAGAGCCAGGUUUGAACUCUUCACUUCAGCACCCUUCGGGGGAAAGAACCUGCUGUUCCGAGAUGCCACUCAACACCUGCAGCUUCUUGAGGAGCAGCUAGAGAUUGCCUAUGUCCUUGGUCUGGAUUAUGUAGCUCUCCUUAAGGGUCUUGGCCAUGAAGGGAGCUCUUUGGACAACAGUGUUGUGCGCUGGUGCUGCAUCAGUGAUGCUGAGCUUCGCAAAUGUGAGGAGUGGGCACUGAGCAUCAAAUCCGACCCACUAGUCUGUGUCCAAGCAACUUCCAUGACCAAAUGCAUUGAAAUGAUCAAGAGUAGUGAGGCUGAUGCUGUCACCCUGGAUGCAACACAUGUCUACAUUGCAGGGAGAUGUGGACUGGUGCCUGUAGCUGCAGAAUGUUAUGGAGGAGAUUGUGCCCCGGCUGCUAAGAGCACAGAGGAAAUGGGGAAACGAAUUCAUCUUAAGCACAAAGCACUGCCACCAGUUUAUGCUGUUGCCGUAGCUAAGAAAAAUGCCAAACAGAUUAACAUCCGUAACCUUAGGGGAAGGCGAUCCUGCCACAGUCACCUGUAUAGUCCUGGAGGCUGGUUGCUUCCUUCCAGAUACACAGUGGGAGCUCUGGAGAAUGAUACUGAGAACUGUGACAUUGGCUCUGUUUAUCAGAAUUACUUUUGGAAGGGCUGCAUGCCAGGAGCAGAUGGAAACCUGUGCAAGGUGUGCAUUGGAGACAGUGAGGUGGAAGGGGCUCGAGUAUCUAGCAGAUGUGCUGCAAGUCACAACGAACGCUAUUAUGGCAAUAUGGGAGCCCUCAGGUGCCUAGUUGGCAAUCCGAGUGGAAGAAGCUUCGGAGAUGUAGCUUUCCUGGAACAUUCUAACCUACUCCAGAACAUACAGAAUCUGGACAGCUCUGGUUGGGCAAAAGGUUAUACCCCUGUCGACUUUGAACUCUUGUGUCCAGAUGGAACGCGUGCCGCAGUCACAGAAUGGGCAGGCUGUAACCUGGGGGCCAUUCCCCCCAGCACAGUUAUGACCCGACCAGUCACCGUCACUAAAAUCUAUGACUUUCUAAUGAAAUCCCAGGAACCUCUGGGAAGCAAACUGGAUUCUGAAUUCCAUCUCUUUCAGUCAUGGAAGUAUGGUGAAAGUGAUCUGCUUUUCAAAGAUACUACUCAGUACCUUGUUCAUGCAAGUCACAUGAGCUAUCAGGAAAUUCUUGGAGUGUCUUUCUUUAAACUGGCAGAAUCAGUGUUUAAUUGUACACCUGCAGGCAUCUUAGACUUCUGCAAACAGGAUAUCUGUGCAUCCUGAUUGAACUAACAGCUAAUACAGAGGCUUUGCAAGGCACAUACGUCACCAUCAAUUUUGAAAACAAGGAAA